CCACUCACGGCCACCGGGGGCGGGGCUAAGCCUUCCCUCACAAGGGGCCUGUGGUCAACGCGGGUGGUUUCGAUGGACAGCCGCCAGUCGGCACAGGAAAGGGGCAGAGGCAGUGGGCUUAGCGUGUGGGCAAGGGUCAACAGUUUUGGGAUCAAGCGGCUGCCGCUCCUCCAAAAGCGACUGAAGCGCUAGCAGAUUUCCCCCUCCGAGCCAGUGUAGUAAACACACCUCAGAAACGUGAGGUGCCGGUGGUCACGUGGGGAGUGCGCCGUCCAAUAAGGAGGCGGGGGCGGGGCGGAAGCCGCUGACGCGGCGGCGGCGGCAGAGUCACCCGGGCAGCCUCGGGACCGGUCACCGGCAGGCAACCGUCCAGCGGCCUCGACCACCGUCUCCGUCCUCCAUCCCGGUCCUUUCUCCCGGGCCGAGAGACAGCGUCGCCGACAGGGGCUCAUUCCACUCCAGUUCUCCUCGGUGACUCACCUCGGGCGGGCCGUUUUGUCCUCAGGGGCCGCCUCGGUUUGGGCGAGGUUUCCGUGACGAACCUCCUGGGGCCGUCGGUGCCGGCUCGGGCAGUCGUGGCGGCUCGAGCUCGUGGAACUUGCCCAGGCUCCGGAGGUCCGAGGCCCUCGAAGUUAUGCGGCGCCUCCAGACGGUUGUGGCGGGCGCGGGCUCCUAAAGGGCGUCACACCCGGACUCUGCCGGCUGGGCAACCUCCAUUCAUCUUCCCACUGCGCCUCCAGCGCCCCCGCCUUCUCCGGUCGCCUCCUUGGAGUCAUUUUUUCCUGUCCCCCCUCUGCCGCCCUUUCCUGACUCCCCGGGUGAGGCAAUUCUCUUGGAAGCGAAGGUGUCGGCUAUGAGCCGGAGCCUUCUUCCUUGAAUUUCUCUGUGGAGGAACCGCCGCGCCCCCCGGCAUGGGGGUGAACGCCGUGCACUGGUUCCGAAAGGGGCUCCGGCUCCACGACAACCCUGCCCUGAAGGAGUGCAUUCAGGGCGCCGACACCAUCCGCUGCGUCUACAUCCUGGACCCCUGGUUUGCCGGCUCCUCCAAUGUGGGCAUCAACAGGUGGCGAUUUUUGCUUCAGUGUCUUGAGGAUCUUGAUGCCAAUCUACGAAAAUUAAACUCUCGUCUGUUUGUGAUUCGUGGACAACCAGCAGAUGUGUUUCCCAGGCUUUUCAAGGAAUGGAACAUUACUAAACUUUCAAUUGAGUAUGAUUCUGAGCCCUUUGGCAAGGAACGAGAUGCCGCUAUUAAGAAACUGGCAACUGAAGCUGGAGUAGAAGUCAUUGUAAGAAUUUCACAUACAUUAUAUGACCUAGACAAGAUCAUAGAACUCAAUGGUGGACAACCGCCUCUAACUUAUAAAAGAUUCCAGACUCUCAUCAGCAAAAUGGAACCACUAGAGAUACCAGUAGAGACAAUUACUUCAGAAGUGAUAGAAAAGUGCACAACUCCUCUGUCUGAUGACCAUGAUGAGAAAUAUGGAGUCCCUUCACUGGAGGAGCUAGGUUUUGAUACAGAUGGCUUAUCCUCUGCAGUGUGGCCAGGCGGAGAAACUGAAGCACUUACUCGUUUGGAAAGGCAUUUGGAAAGAAAAGCUUGGGUGGCAAACUUUGAAAGACCUCGAAUGAAUGCGAACUCUCUGCUUGCAAGUCCUACUGGACUUAGUCCUUAUCUCCGAUUUGGUUGUUUGUCAUGUCGACUGUUUUACUUCAAACUAACAGAUCUUUACAAAAAGGUAAAGAAGAACAGUUCCCCUCCCCUUUCCCUUUAUGGGCAACUGCUAUGGCGUGAGUUUUUCUAUACAGCAGCAACAAAUAAUCCACGCUUUGAUAAAAUGGAAGGAAACCCUAUCUGUGUUCAGAUUCCUUGGGAUAAAAAUCCUGAGGCUCUAGCCAAAUGGGCAGAAGGCCGGACAGGCUUUCCAUGGAUUGAUGCCAUCAUGACACAGCUUCGUCAGGAGGGCUGGAUUCAUCAUUUAGCCAGGCAUGCAGUUGCUUGCUUCCUGACACGAGGGGACCUGUGGAUUAGUUGGGAAGAAGGAAUGAAGGUAUUUGAAGAAUUAUUGCUUGAUGCAGAUUGGAGCAUAAAUGCUGGAAGUUGGAUGUGGCUGUCUUGCAGUUCCUUUUUUCAACAGUUUUUUCACUGCUAUUGCCCUGUUGGUUUUGGUAGGAGAACAGAUCCUAAUGGAGACUACAUCAGGCGUUAUUUGCCUGUCCUAAGAGGCUUCCCUGCAAAAUAUAUCUAUGAUCCCUGGAAUGCACCAGAAGGUAUCCAAAAGGUAGCCAAAUGUUUGAUAGGAGUUAAUUAUCCUAAACCAAUGGUGAACCAUGCUGAGGCAAGCCGUUUGAAUAUUGAAAGGAUGAAACAGAUCUAUCAGCAGCUUUCACGAUAUAGAGGACUAGGUCUUCUAGCAUCAGUACCUUCUAAUCCUAAUGGGAAUGGAGGCUUCAUGGGAUAUUCUGCAGAAAAUAUCCCAGGUUGUACCAGCAGUGGAAGUUGCUCUCAAGGGAGUGGUAUUUUACAUUGUGCUCAUGGCGACACUCAGCAGACUCACCUGUUGAAGCAAGGAAGAAGCUCCAUGAGCACUGGUCUCAGUGGUGGGAAACGUCCUAGUCAGGAAGAGGACUCACAGAGUAUUGGUCCUAAAGUCCAGAGACAGAGCACUAAUUAGAAAACAUUCAGGAGGAAUACUGUUGCAGCUGAAAUUGGUGAGGAGUUCAGUACUUUUCAAUUAAGUUAUUUAAAAAUAUUCUUCAUUGAUGGAAAGCAGUUACAUACUGAAAUAUGUUGUUUCAAAUGACAUUUCUGUGGUUUUUAACUUUUUAAUGAAUUUCACAGAAGACAAAUGGUAAUUUGUAUAUAAAGAACUUGGCAAGAUAAUUUGCUUAAUGUAAAUAUAAAUAGUCACAAUUAGUAUAGAACCAUCAGUAUAUUUUUGAUAAUUUUUCAUGUAUGGUAAAAGUUAAAAUGACAAAUUGAUAUUCUGAUAUAAAACUCAAAGUUUUGACAGUUAGUGGUAAAAAAGGAGGUUUUUAGACUUUCUUAAAAGACUUUGUUAAAAUUUUAGGACAGAAUUUUCUUGACAUUGUUGUUUGAUCUAACUUUGCACUCUUUGAUAAUAAUGUUUUAGAUAACAUGCAUAAUCAAAAUUGGUAUUGUAGCCUGUCACAGACAGUAUAUGUUUUCAACUUUCAUGUAAACCUUUUUUGACCCAAACUUGUAGAAGUUUGUGUUGUGUUAAUUUAUGUGUUAAGUUCUCUUUGUCUCUGUUUCUUUGUUAUUACUAAAAUGACCUUGUUAUUAAAGUAUGUGCAAAUAUGAAA